CUUUGUUUCUGGACAAAGCUGAGCUCGUUGCUUCAAACAAAAAGCAGCCAAUUACUAACUUCUGGUUGCUAGGUGUGGCCUCCCUUCAAAUCCUAUAAAACCAGACUUCUGGAGCUCCACGUCUACACUGACUGCAACCUUCAGAGAAGAGAGAGUCUCUCCUUAGUUCUUUGGCAGAAGGUUGGAAAAUAAAACGACCCUUUUUCAAAAAUGGCCAUGGUAUCAGAAUUCCUCAAACAGGCCUGGUUUAUUGACAAUCAAGAACAGGACUAUGUGAAAACUGUGAAAUCAUCCAAAGGUGGUCCUGGGUCAGCCGUGAGCCCUUACCCCACCUUCAACCCAUCCUCGGAUGUGGAGGCUUUGCACAAAGCCAUAAUGGUUAAAGGUGUGGAUGAAGCAACCAUCAUUGAUAUUCUCACUAAGAGGAACAAUGCUCAGCGUCAGCAGAUCAAGGCAGCUUAUCUGCAAGAGAAAGGAAAGCCAUUGGAUGAAGUUCUGAAGAAAGCCCUUGUGGGUCACCUUGAGGAAGUUGUGUUAGCGCUACUGAAAACUCCAGCCCAAUUUGAUGCAGAUGAACUGCGUGCUGCCAUGAAGGGACUUGGAACUGAUGAAGACACUCUGAUUGAAAUUUUGGCAUCUAGAAAUAACAGAGAAAUCAGAGAAAUCAACAGAGUCUACAGAGAGGAACUGAAAAGAGAUCUGGCCAAAGACAUCACAUCAGACACAUCUGGAGACUUUCAGAAGGCUUUGCUUUCUCUUGCAAAGGGUGACCGAAGUGAGGAUUUGGGUGUUAAUGAAGACUUGGCCGAUACUGAUGCCAGGGCUUUAUAUGAAGCAGGAGAGAGGAGAAAAGGGACAGAUGUGAAUGUGUUCAAUACCAUUCUGACCACCAGAAGCUAUCCCCAUCUUCGCAGAGUGUUUCAGAAAUACACCAAAUACAGCCAGCAUGACAUGAAAAAAGUCCUGGACCUGGAGAUGAAAGGAGAUAUUGAGAAAUGCCUCACGGCGAUCGUGAAGUGUGCCACGAGCCCCCCAUGCUUCUUUGCUGAGAAACUCCAUCAGGCCAUGAAGGGUGCUGGGACCCGGCAUAAGGCACUGAUCAGAAUCAUGGUCUCCCGUUCGGAAGUUGACAUGAAUGAUAUCAAGGCGUACUAUCAGAAGAUGUACGGGGUCUCUCUCUGCCAAGCCAUUCUGGAUGAAACCAAGGGAGAUUAUGAGAAAAUCCUGGUGGCUCUGUGUGGCGGGUGCUAAGUAUUCCUUUGGUGCUCUGGAUCAUGUGACCAGUAGUUACUUAAUCAUAGCUUUUCAGUCUUCACCAUAGGCAUAAGUAGGAAAGUAUUUCAUUAGCAUCGCAGCGUAACAAUCUGCUUUCUUAAAAAUAAAUAUGAAUAAUGUUAUAGUCUCUACAACAUUUUAUAUCAUAACUUUAUGCAGUAGAGAUACCUUUUUUUUAAAAAAAAACUGUUAAGUACAAAUGAUAAAAUCCAUAAAUAAAUUGUUCUGGUAACAAUACUUGCGGAAGAUGUUUAUGCAGCUGAAAAUAAAGUGAUUUUAUUUACAAGA